GCCAGCCAUCCCUCACUGUCGCGCUUAAUACCUCUCUCGCUCACUCUCUCCCUUGCUGUCUUCUUCCUGCUUUCAACUCAACUCAGUCUCCCCUUCGCAGCGCCUCCCAUGGCGUCUUCUGUCAUCACAAGCCCUAAGGUUUCCCCUACCCACUUCUCCUCUUUCCCCCACCGGAGCUCCUCUCUCCUUCUCCGUCACUUCCACUUACCCAGACCCUUCAUUACCCCAACAGGGACCCCUCUCUUUCUCUACAGAACCGGCUCCUCCUCCGCCGCCGCCAUCAAAUGCUCUUCCACUCCCACCCCGCCGCCACCCUCCCGCCGCCCCGAAUACAUCCCCAACCGCAUCUCCGACCCCAACUACGUCCGCAUUUUCGACACCACCCUCAGGGACGGCGAGCAGUCCCCCGGGGCCACCAUGACCUCCAAGGAGAAGCUCGACAUCGCCCGGCAGCUGGCGAAGCUCGGGGUCGACAUAAUCGAGGCCGGAUUCCCUGCCUCCUCCAAGGACGACUUCGAGGCCGUGAAGAUGAUCGCGCAGGAGGUGGGGAACGCGGUCGACAGUGACGGCUACGUUCCGGUUAUAUGCGGGCUUUCGAGGUGCAAUGAUAGGGACAUCAAGGCUGCGUGGGAGGCUGUGAAGUACGCGAAGAGGCCGAGGAUCCACACUUUCAUCGCCACGAGCCCAAUCCACAUGGAGUACAAGCUGAAGAAGAGCAAGGACCAGGUUAUCGAGAUUGCAAGGAGCAUGGUGAGGUAUGCGAGAAGCUUGGGUUGCGAGGACGUCGAGUUCAGCCCCGAGGACGCUGGCAGAUCUGAAAGAGAUUUUCUAUAUGAGAUCCUGGGGGAAGUUAUAAAGGCUGGUGCAACGACUUUGAACAUACCCGACACUGUGGGUAUUACCUUGCCAGAAGAAUUUGGGAAACUGAUUGCUGACAUCAAGGCCAAUACCCCUGGAAUCGAAAAUGUCAUCAUCUCUACGCAUUGUCAGAAUGAUCUUGGGCUUUCCACUGCCAAUACCUUGGCGGGAGCAUAUGCAGGGGCAAGACAGGUGGAAGUAACUAUCAAUGGUAUUGGUGAAAGAGCUGGGAAUGCAUCCUUGGAGGAGGUUGUAAUGGCCAUAAAAUGCAAAGGAGACCAUACGCUGGGAGGUCUGUAUACAGGAAUAAAUACACAUCACAUCACCCUGACCAGCAAGAUGGUGGAGGAGUACUCUGGUUUGCAUGUUCAACCACACAAAGCAAUUGUUGGAGCCAACGCUUUUGCUCAUGAAAGUGGUAUUCAUCAAGAUGGGAUGCUUAAACACAAAGGAACAUAUGAAAUAAUAUCUCCAGAGGAUAUCGGUCUCGAAAGAUCAAAUGAAGCUGGUAUUGUCCUCGGAAAACUUAGUGGUCGUCAUGCUUUGAAAAUGAAACUUAUCGAGCUGGGCUAUGAUCUAGAAAGUGAACAAUUUGCGAAUAUUUUCUGGCGUUUUAAAGAAGUGGCUGAGCAGAAAAAGCGUGUAACUGAUGCUGACAUCAGAGCACUCGUAUCUGAUGAAGUUUUCCAACCAGCAGUUGUAUGGAAGCUUCAUGAUCUUCAGGUUACUUGUGGGACUCUUGGUCUUUCUACGGCAACUGUUAAGCUGCUUGAUGCUGAAGGGAAGGAACAUGUUGCUUGUUCUGUAGGCACUGGACCAGUAGAUUCUGCCUACAAAGCUGUAGAUCUAAUCGUGAAGGCACCGGUGACCCUUCUUGAAUAUUCCAUGAGCGCUGUUACAGAAGGCAUUGACGCAAUAGCUACUACACGUGUUUUGAUUCGAGGAGAGAACAAUCUAACGGCUACACAUGCUUUAACUGGGGAGCAAGUAAACCGGACAUUCAGUGGAACCGGUGCCGGAAUGGACAUUGUUGUUUCGAGUGUGAAGGCCUAUAUCGGAGCAUUAAACAAGAUGCUGGGGUAUGUGAACAGUCCAUCCACGGCAGUUGAACCUGCCAAAAAAGUCUCCGUGUCUGCUUGAAAACUGAAGCAAAAAUAGAGAAGCCAAGUAUUGGGGAUAACAAGUUCUUAACAAUUCCGUUCAUGGAGCUUUGAUUGCUUUGUUCGGAACCAACAAGCAUCAAAUCUGCCGAAAUCAAGUGGACCAGACUUGGAUCUUUUUACAUGUAGCUUUUGUGUGUAGGGUGGGUGAGGUCUUAAGCAGAAUGUGGAAUAGUCUUCGUUGACAUAUGUGAAGAAAAAACUCGACUUCCAAAAUCAUUGAUUGAGCUGGACUGUAGAAUGAAUGAGAAGGUUAUUGUUCCUGAAGCUGUUUAAUCCGAACUAUAUAUAUUCUCCUAGCAUUUGUCA